AUGGUCAUAACCGUGGAAGUCGAGAACUUCGCAGUAAAGAAGGUUCUCAUCGAUCAGGGGAGCUCCGUAGAUAUCUUAUAUUGGAAAACAUUCAACAAGAUGCAGAUACCCCUCGCCGACCUAACCCCUCACAAUGAGCCCAUAUACAGAUUCUCAGGUGAGAGAGUCCCCACCAAAGGGUACAUCGAUCUUCAUACAACGUUUGGAGAGGGAAGACAGACCAAAACCAUUCCCAUUCGUUACUUGGUCAUCGACGCCCACACAUCCUACAACAUCCUCCUUGGCCGCCUAUCCAUCAAUACGCUGGGUGCCAUUGUAUCCACCCCACACCUCGCAAUGAAGUUUCCGUCCCCGCAAGGCGACAUCAUCACGGUACAUGGCGACCAACGCGUAGCCAGAGAAUGCUACAUGGCAAGCCUGAAACUCCCACAUCCACCUCUGACAACCCACAACAUUGAACAAUCCCAGGCCCACACCACCCUAGCCGGCGAUGACUUAGACCCCAGAAUAAACUCCGAAGCACGCCUCGAACCCGUGGGGGAAACAAGACAACUCCCACUCGAACAACAAGGCCACUUCCUCCAGGUUGGAACUUCCCUUCCGGAGGGAGAGGAACGCCACAUCGAGCAAGUGCUCAGGCAGAACGCUGACCUCUUCGCUUGGUCAGUAGUCGAUCUCCCCGGAGUUCACCCCAGGAUAGCCGCCCACCGACUAUCUGUCUUCCCAAACGUAAAACCCGUCUCCCAAAAAAAAAGGAAGCUUGGAGAAAGCAGAAGGCAAGCACCUAUAGCAGAGGCCGAUAAACUAAAACAGGCCGGUUUUGUCGGUGAAGCCCAAUACAUGACCCGGCUCACCAACGUGGUGCUAGUCAAGAAACCUAACGGGAAAUGGCGCAUCUAUGUAGAUUACACGGACUUGAACAAGGCCUGCCCGCGGGAUGCCUACCCAUUACCCAGCAUAGACAGACUCGUCGAUGGGGCCGCAGGACAUGCCGUACUGAGCUUCUUAGACGUUUACUCCGGCUACAACCAAAUACCCAUGGCUGAUGAAGACAAAAUCAAAACCGCAUUCAUAACAGAGGAGGCCAACCUUUACUACAAAGUAAUGCCCUUUGGCCUCAAAAAUGCCGGCGCUACAUACCAACGCUUGAUGGAUUGA